UUCGUUAAAUNCUCUCUCUCUCUGUCACUAUCUACCAUGGUAUAACUGGAAACGUUUCUUAAAUAAAACUCUCCCGAGCCACGUUGGCAGCUGCACCUUCUUAUAGGAACCGGGAGUGUUAUUAUUGCUGUGAGGGAGCCGGCUGCAGUUGGGUGAUUUCAUCAGGAGGGGUUGGAGUUGCCAACUGCUGGUAUGCAUCAGUGGAGUUUGCUGGGUUUUUUUCCCCUGUAGUGUGUGUGUGUUUUUAUACAGUUAACAAUGGGUUGUAGCUCUCGCAGGUCGAACCCAAUCAAUCUGAGAGGCGAUUAGCCGUAGGCAUGCCAGGCGGGGCUUAUUUAAGUAUCGAAUAUGUCAAUGUGCGAGUAUGUAUAUAAACAGCUGCUUUCAUCUGAUUCCCCGGGACUUCAGUAAUGAAAUUUAAGCGGAGAUUAAUGCGCCGGGAUCUCUAUAAACGGAGCAGUCAAAACAGAGUCGUCUCGCCUGUUAUUUGACACGAGGGGCUGCAUCGGGCGCGGUUCCCCAAGUCAGUGAAGCUGACUGUGAGCAGAGAGUGUCACUGAUCCCCCAUGACCCUGAUGGCCGAGGUCGGCAGCUACCUGGGAGCCCUGGACACAGACAUACACGCCGUCUCUCUUGGGAAUAUGCCGGUGCUUGCCCAGGCGGACUCCCCCGGCUUCCUGAACGAAAGGCUCGGCCAGAUCGAAGGCAGGCUCCAGAGGGGAACCCCCACAGACUUCGCCCACCUCAAAGGCAUCCUCCGGCGGAGGCAGCUGUACUGCAGGACCGGCUUCCACUUGGAAAUCUUCCCGAACGGCACGGUGCACGGUACCCGGCGGGAUCACAGCCGCUUCGGGAUCCUGGAGUUCAUAAGCCUAGCGGUGGGACUGGUCAGCAUUCGUGGGGUGGACUCGGGACUUUACCUGGGGAUGAACGAGAGAGGCGAACUCUAUGGGUCGAAAAAGUUAACAUCUGAAUGCGUAUUUCGGGAACAAUUUGAAGAGAACUGGUAUAAUACCUAUGCAUCAACUUUGUAUAGACACACAGAUACUGGGAGACAUUAUUACGUGGCUUUGAAUAAAGAUGGUUCCCCACGGGAAGGAUACAGGACUAAACGGCAUCAAAAAUUUACUCACUUUUUACCUAGACCCGUGGAACCUGAAAAAGUUCCAACAUUAUACAGAGACCUCUUGAACUAUAGUUGAUAAAACUCUGCUGCCUUGCAUGUGUUGUACAUACGCGGGAGCUUUAGCUAUUCUGGGGAGCAGUGCCAACAAGGAACUCGUGGCCAUUUCAGAGACGACCACUUUGGUUGAAUUCGUUACCACUAUUAAUACUAUCAAGCCUUUGUGAAGUGCACAGUCCCAGGAUUUUUUUUUUAAUACUCACACAUCUAUAUUCUCCACUGAAUAUUGCUUCUAGAUAUUUGUUAAGGAGGCAAGGAACAAAAAGACUCGGAGACAAUGGACACUUUUAUUGCUGGAAAGAAACAAAAGGCCACGAAGUGGUGAUAAACGCUGCUGCAAAUAAAGAAGCUUUGAGCUAAAAGUUAUAUAUUUAUCAAAAGUUGAUAUAUUUCCGAUCUGUGGAUGACACACUGCUGAAAGCAGAUAUUUACUAUGCGACAUGGAAGAGAAGAGCCAACAAGAUAUAAGAUUCCCAGUCUUUAGAAUGGGCUAAAAUUAUGACAUGGACACUGUACAAAUGGACAUAAUAUUAUUUAUAGAAAUGUCAAUAUUAUAUUUAUUUUAUAUAUUUAUUUAUUACAUAGACUAUAUUUUUAAUGACAAUGUAUAGACCAGAUUGCAGUCUGGAAGGAUUAGAUCCUACUGAAAUGUAAAUGACCACUUUUAAGUUAUGAAGAUCUAUGAAUGUUGAGUUCAAAAGAUUAUGGACCAUAAAUAAAACACUUUGUUCAAAGCAAAACUUAUAUUGUACAAUUAACAUGUUGCUUGUUCACUCUUAAUAAAAAGAAAUCAUGAUUUAAAUUUAACAUGUAACAAAUAUUCAAACAUGUUUCUAAAUCAGUUGUUGCAAAACUCUUAUUUUCCACCAAGUUAGACAAGCGGGAUGUUAAUAUUUGUUUAAAAUAAUUUGCAAGUUUUCUUUAUACCAGUAGUUUAACAUAUUUGACCAGUUACCUUUAGUUAUUGCUUGUUUGCUCCUCUUUGGGCCAGUUUCAGAAAUAAACUCUCUUUCCAAUGUAAAUGAGCUCAUGAUGCUAAGUAAAAUAUUAACAAACCUUUAUUCAUUUCCAAAAGUGAAGGACUUGCCAUGUUUCCAGUAAUUUUUGAUGUUUUAAUUUUUUGGUGCAUAGCCCUGUAUAAUCAUUCACAGGAUUCAGCUAUUUUUCAGAUGGAGUCAAACAUUAAAGUACUUUGACCCACGAAACAAGUCUUAG